AAUAGAGUCAAGAUCCGUCACAUCACUUACUGACUGAACACGAUCCACUGUCAGCGGCACCCCCUUUGUGUCAUCUUGGCUCCCUUCUGGUUCCCACGUCUUGAACCAAGUCUCGAUGGAGCAAAGGGACUUAACUCGCCCUUCGCGGCCCAAAGGGAACGAGGAGUUCUUCACUGUGACCACCAUCAACAGGGCUGAUCUCAACGAAGUGGGCCUACUAGCCACCCCACUGAAGGGGCUUGGUCUGGCCGGUGAGCAGCAAGAGCAUGAGGAGGACGAAGACCUCGGCCUGGGUAAAGACAUGGACAUCACUUCCAAUGCAGACAGCGAGAAGUGGGUGCAGGGGGACAGCCUGGAGGAGCAGGAGUUCUCAAUUAAAGAGGCAAGUUUCUCAGAAGGCAGUCUCAAACUGAAGAUACAAACCACCAAGCGGGCCAAAAAGCCACCCAAGAGCCUGGAGAACUACAUCUGUCCACCUGAGAUUCGCGUCACUAUCAAACAACCUGGGGAGCAGAAGACAUCCAAGCAUGGCAAGAGCACUAAAGGUGGAAAGGAAGAAGACAGGGGACCCCCCAGAAAGAGGACCUAUGAGAGGCCUUUCAGAGUUGUGGCUCAAAAUGACAACAACAUGAUGGAUGUCCUUGGGGAGAACCUAAGACCAAAAUAUGAGCCCAAAUCUGACAUUCACCAACUGGAUUGGACAAAGCCAACAUUAAGAGAGUCGACAUCCCAAGGGGACCAAGCGAGAGAUCCGGAAUCAAAACAAGAAUCAACAUUCAAUAACAAGAGCCUUCUGUCAGAGGUCAACACCCCCUUCUCAAAGGCACAAGUUAAAAAGGUCACAGAAGGUUCAUCUGGAAGUCUGUUUGCCUCGGAAAUGACUUGUCCAGGUUCUGACUCACAGGCUACUUCUCCAGCUGAUAUAACAAUGAGUGCACUAGCAGAAUCAAAUAUGUUGAUACACUCUUCGGUAAGCAAAGAUAGAGGUUUGCAGGAAGUCACUGAGCAAGUCUUUGGGAACAUCAAACGGAAGUAUGGCAGAAGGGCUUUGACCACCAAUACUGGAGACCUUCCCUGGGCAAAAAAGAUGGACAAAGAGAGUGAAAAACCCGUUCAAGACAAUACAAAGAAUAAACUGUUUAACUCUGAAAAAACUGAGACUCACAGGGAAGAUGCAGAAAAAUCAUUGAAGAGGAUAGAGGAUGACUUUAAAACAUUACCGAACUGUGUUCCACAUCACACAGAUGAACCUAAAAGCAGAAAAAAGAAAAGCAGAAGAUUAACUGAAGAUAACUUUGUGGAAGAAUUACACACCACACAGACAGUUCUUCUUUUUUCAGAAAUGAAAGAUAAGGUUGAUCAAGGUGCUACAAAACCUAAAGUAGCAAACAAAAUGGAAUUGAGUACAGGAAAGCAAUUUGGGGUAGAUUCACAGAAGCCGGGGGAAGAGAGUGCAGCAGCAGGGCCAACUGUGGAAAUUUCUGAGAAUAGACUCAAGAAGAACCCAGUUGGGAGACCACAAUCAUUGUUCGAUCCAGAGAAGCAAGCAGAUGGGAGGCAAUCAAAGUUCAAGGACAGAUGGGUUUAUUUGAAAUCUAAGAGCUCUGUUCUCCACAAAGAUCUUAAUCCAGCAUUGCUCAUUGAAGAGCCACCCUCUGCUUUCCCCAUAACGCCAUCCAGCCCACUAUACACCAACACAAACAGUCUGACAGUCAUCACCCCAAUAAAGAAAAAACGUGGUAGGCCUAAAAAACAACCACUACUUACCGUGGAGACAAUUCAUGAAGGAACAUCAACCAGUCCUGUAAGUCCUAUCAACCAAGAUUCACCUAGCACUUCAAAGAGGAGGAGAAAGAAACGUAAUUUGUCAAAAAUAAUGCAGCAGGCCUUAAAUAAUUCUCCAACUUUACCAGAGGUGAAAUGUAAGAGAACAGUUCAGGUUGGAAUCCUUAAAAGGAAAAUGACUAAGAACGUGAAACUGGUUAAAAUGCAGAGCAUUUUAAAUGAGCUUCUGUCCUCUUCUAACACUGGUAACCUGGCUUUGAAAUCCAGUGUUCCGGUUUCUAGUGCCGUGUCAAGUGUGGCAUCGACAAUUGAGGCCCGUUUAGGCAAGCAAAUCAAUGUCAGCAAACGUGGAACUAUUUACAUAGGCAAAAAAAGAGGGAGGAAGCCCAAAGCUGAGCUUCAGACUCAGCAAGAUGAGCACAAAGCCAAUGAUGAGCACUUGUUGCCUGUUUCAAGUCAGUUUGAGAACCUUCUAGUGCCUUCUACUUCAUCAACAACCAGAAUGCCUUCUCCCAGGGUCAUGCAGUCUCCCUCAGCUCAGUCCUUAGCAGGUGGACUAGCACACCAUGCCACCACAGAAACCAGCCAGCAUGACCUUAAGACCAUGCCAAAUCUACAGCCUAUCAGUGCUUUGCCCACAAAAACUCAGAAGGGUUUGCUCAGUAGUAGCUGGAAACUCUCUCCUCCAAGACUUAUGGCCAACUCACCAUCUCAUCUGUCUGAGGUGGCAUCCAUCAAAGAGGUCACUCUGUCUCCAGUUAGCGAGUCCCAUAGUGAAGAGACAAUCCCAAGUGAUAGUGGCAUUGGUACUGAUAAUAACAGCACAUCAGAUCAGACCGAGAAAGGUCCUGCAUCUCGCAGGAGAUACUCCUUUGAUCUUUGUAGUUUUGAAGCAGCAGAGGCUGCUGUGCUGGAAGCUACAAAUAAAACAAACAGAGGGCACUAUCAGAAGCAUACAACAUCAGUGGCUAUGGAAAAUUUCCUUGCUCAAGAAAGCCUCAAGAAACAGAAACACAGAAGGAAGCGAAAAGGUUUAACAAGUAGGGAUGAUCUUCAGUUUCUGGCUGACCUUGAGGAACUCAUUAGCAAGUUCCAGGUCUUCCGAAUUUCCCACCGCAGCUACAAGUUUUACCAUGAGAACUCUUACCCCAGCAUUUUUCGCCUAAACUUUGACCACUACUACCCUAUGCCAUACUACCCCUAUGAUCCUGUGCACUAUCUUUGCAGGAGUUCUGAAAAGUCAAAGAGAAGACGUGGCAGGCCAGCCAAAUCAGCUGAACCUAUAACAAAGAUGCCUUUCAUUCAAGGAUUUGGCUACUCAGCAGCCAGUGGCAAUUACUAUGCACCCUACGCAAUGCCUUACACAGCCAUGCCUCUUGCCACAAGUAUGAUGAACAUGGGGUAUUAUGGGCAGUAUCCUCCUCCUUUGUAUCUGUCCCAUGCACUCGGAUCUUCAGGCACUCAUCUCAUGCGGCCUCCUGUUCCUCCACCAAAGUUCCACUCCGGUGGGUUCUCUAGCCUCUCUGCUGGCAGCAGACAUAGGAUGAAGAACAUGCCCAAUGAGAUGUCAUCUCCCAGGAUGGGUGAAGCUCAUCAUCCGUCAAGCAGCUGUUUAGCGAGUGUCUGUCUCCACAAACGCAAACACAAGCAUAAGCACAAACAUAAGGAGGACCAGCACUCAGUCCCACAGAGAGAGAACCUGGGUGGACUCUUUAGUGGAGCCCUGCCCCUUUCUAAGAUAAAGGACAAGCAGAGGAGCCAACAAAAUAUGGAUACUUCAUCUAAGACAUCCAGGAACUACUUUGAAGUAGACACACUCUCUUCGUUGUCUUUAUCUGACUCUCAGAACUGUAAACAUCCUCGAGAAGAGCCACUGAACAACUUCCUGAACAUGUGCACUAAGCAACCGCAUGAACGGCUACGAGCCAACCAGGAUCAGCCACUGGACCCAUUCAAGAGCCAGCACUUACAAGAUGAGGGUUCUCACAUCCGGAGUAGGAGGCAUAGUUUGGAAGACUUUACAACAUACAGUGAGGGAGGCAUGGCACCUUUCCAAAACGAAACAGAAGAAAGGAUGAAGCAGAUGUACCAUUGUGGUAACACAGCCAUCACAGAUCUGGGCUCCUACAAGCAGAGGUACAAGCAGAAGGAGAUUGAGGAGAUGCAGAGUAAUGUGCGGAAGAAGCACACAUUCUCCAAGAUCCUCACCAGCAAGAGAAGCCUAGACCACGUCAACAAGAUCCUGAAGGUUAAGCGGCUUCAGCGGCAGGCCAAGACGGGCAACAAUGUGGUGAAGAGGCGGAGGGGGAGGCCACGAAAGCAGGCACUUGUCCCCAACGAAGCCUUCUUGCCUCAGAUGCCAGUGCUAGAAAAGUGCAUGGACUUUCCAGGCAAAAGGAAUCUGCACGGCAGCCCGAUGCUCGCCCAGCCAGAUUUCACCCACCACGACUCUAUCACAGAUGCCAUCGAGGCAGUGGUACACCAGGCCCGUGCACAGCCCAAUCCACAGACCUCACAGAUGGCUAAGCCGUAUUUUAAAUAUCAGCCAGAGGAGCAGCUAGAGCGGCCAGUACGGCGAGGAAGGGGAAGCAGAAGGGAUGAACCGGCUUCUCAUUAAGAGUUUCAUUAACAGUGCACUGUGAGUUCAACUUGCACUCCAACCUUUGGAUAAUUUCUAGGCAUUAUGGUUGUCUUUUCUUUUUAAUCAGCUCUACUGAACUGUACUUCAUGGGCAUUCUAUGAGAAUCAUGAAUGUGGUAUAAAAAGUGCCCCACUUUCACUCUGUAUAUGCCAUCACCACAUGCUUUUUUUUUAAUGGAAAUGUUCUUGUGUUGAGCUUUUUACUCUCCCAAAGCCCAUAAGGAUUUUGAAACUAUGGCUAGAGCCAUGAUCUUACCAGCAAGUGUAAAUGACAUUUUUUUGAACUUCUAAUACAGUACUGUGCACUUUUGGGGUUUCUUUGCCUUUUUGGUUCUCUCAAGUCAAAGCACAGUGAUUAUGAUAAAGACCAGUAUCAUGAAACUGGUCAGCUCUCUCUCUCUCUCUCUCUCUCUCUCUCUCUCUCUCUCUCUCUCUCUCUCUCUCUCUCUCUCUCUCUCUCUCUCUCUCAAUUUCUCUCUCUCUCACACACACCCACACACACACACACACAAACACACACACUUUCUUGCCUGCGCUCAGGUUUGUUCCGGGCAUGAACUAAUGGCAAUACCCUUGAAUUGAAUGAGACUCUUCUACUAUCUUCGAUGGCUAUAGUUUAAUUGUACAUAGCAACGUAAUCUACAAACAUUACAAAGUGAAAGUAUUUUAGAUUUACCUGUACUGUCACCAUAUCAACUAGAAACCUGUACAAUAUUCAAAUAAUGUUUUAACCAAAUAUUAGAAAUAGAUGUGACAUACAAAAGCUUGUGUUCAAAAUGCAAAUGAUACCUACAGUAUUUAUAAAUCACACCAUAACGAAGUGGAUGCAUCACAGAUUGAAGGAUUGUAUUAGACAAUGGCAGUGUGUAAAGUCAAACCUUCAAAAAAAAAUAAAAUAAAAAAUCCCUCAGCUAUAUACAUUAUACAAUAUAUGCCGUUCAUCAUGCAUGAAAAAAAAAAAUCCUAUUCUUGCAUUUAAAAGCAACACAGCACUUACUCCAGUCUCCUCUCACGUAUUACAGAUUAGUAUUACACAUUGUCCGUUGAUUAUUUUUCAUUUGAAUAACCAACAAUAUCUGGAAAAUAUUUUUAGUAAUAUCAGUUAGUUAUUAGAAGUGAUUUCAGUCAGUUGCUUGACAAACACGGUAACUGAGAUGCCUUUCCAGAGUCUAUUCGAGAACGUGCCUGCUCAUAGUAGUAAAAUAAAAAUAAUAUUACUUUAUUACUUAUAAAGUAACUGAAUAUAUUGACCUAAUGGUCACUAUUAGAUAUCCACACAACCAAAGGUUCAGUCGUGUUGUAGUUCAAUAUUCUAGGUGGAUUUUGGUUUCGGUAGGUGCUUGUAGAAAGUGUAACGAAUGGAAAUGUGUGGAUCUGAGACUUUAGACUUCAUUACUGUAUACAGCUUAGCAUCUGAAACCAGGCUUCAGUAUAGUGCAGUGGUUCUACGCUCUUUUUAGAAAUGUAUAUUCAAACGGUCUUAAUGCAGAAAGUUGUGUGGUUUAUUUCUCAGUUGUUUCAUAUAUGUGCCUUAUGUUUGUCAAUAAGUCCAUAAACAUUUCAGCUACAGGGAACUAUGAAUGACAAGAAAUAAUGUUGAACUUACACAUGUAUUAUUAGUAUCCACACAUGGUCAUGAAUGUACAUAUGCCUGCUCUUUUAUCCCUGCUCCGUAGAUCUGUUAUUUGUUUAGACGCACUUACGCAGAUAAGUUCAGAUGGGUCUUAUUAAAACGAUUCGCUCUCUAGGUAGAUUUCUGAUGUGAGAUAACGGUUUAUUGAUUCAAAACCGAACGGUCUGUGUGGAAAAUGGAGAUUAGACAUGCAAUGAAACAAGGCCAAACUGUGCUUGUGACAAUUCAAACAAGACCACAACACAUCAAAAAAAAAAAAAAAAAAAAAAAAAAAAAAAAAAAAAAAGCAGGUACGAAAUGUCCAAACAAACUUUCCAGCACCAGUUAAGGGUUAUUACCACGUGUGCGUUCUAAACGACUAUGCAUCGGGUUCUACCUGCAAAGUGACAGACAAGAAAUUACUUUUUUAAGACUUUUUUUUUGCUCAGUUCACUUCAAUUUGUCAAAAAGUGGUCUUACUGAAUAUAAUCUAGAACCUGUAUCUUUCUUUCUUUCAUUCUUUCUUUCUUUCUUUUUUGCAAACAAGUGACUAUCAUUUUAUUUUUAUUUUUAUUUUUUAUUAUUUUUAUUUUGUUUUUAAUAUUUUGCAUAUCAUAAUGCUGCAUAAGGCAGAAAAAAAAAUCAGCCACUGAGCAGCGGAGCCUUAAUCAUGUUACAUUACAUUCAACAAAGUAAACUCUGUAAAUAGUAGAAUCACCUGUCUGUUACUGAACAGCUCACAAUGUGGACUAGCUCUUCUUGUUAGGAAUAAUGCCGGAAAUUAGGACAUACCUUAGCCCAAAGCCUAUUUCUACACAGUUUAAAUGAUCAUAUUGUCAGAGCAGAACAUGGAGUCAGAGAAUGACGUAUGGUGCAUUAGAGCCAAGUCAGAUUUGGCAGCUAUUCCCUUCUGCCUGUGGAACUACAUUGGACACUUCAUGUUUCUCCUGUUUAGGACUGGCACCUCGAACCACCUGGACACUUUGCCAAAAAAGAAGACAUCCAUCACUCAGAGCUAAAGUGAAAAAGUAAACCAAAUUGUAUUCAGUAGCAGUAUUCCAAAACAGUACCAUCAGUCUUUAGUUUAUUAAGGAGGUGUUAAUAACAAGGUGUUUGGCAGCUCAUAUUUUUCUCUACCAGCUGAUUAAAUGGUGCCUUGUGAAAUUAAGGUGUUUUAUUAUUUGAUGAUUUUUUCCCCCCUAACAUUCUGGCUGUUCAAUAAUCGUAACUCAUUAGACUAUUUUGAGUCAUGUAAAUAUUGUGACCUGACUAGGUACAAAGGUUUAUUCAGUUGCUAUAACUUCAUUAUCAAGAUCACAUCAUAAAAACCAUAGGUUUCAGCCCCAUAUCAGCUAAAUCUUCAUGUAUUAAGUUCUAAAGCUAUUGAAGAAAUUUCCAGUUCAAAUGAAGUAUUAAUUGAAGGGUAACAUACUCAAAAAGGGCACAACAUGAGCUAAAUUCUGCAUUUUUUUUAAAAUACGUACUAUGACCAUUUUUGAUAAUGCUUUACAUUUUCUGAACCUGCAUGCCCUAAUUGAUUGUAUGCACACAAAUUUUGAAGAUUAUCGAAUUUCAAUUUGAGAUCUUAUACAUUGUUUGAUAAGUUUUUUGAAUAACUAGUUUUUAAUUCAUAAAACAUUUUUGUAAAUUGUAUGAAUAUGGAAAAAAGAAGCAAUUAAAGGACAUAUAUAGGAAAGAAUAAAUAUUGAGAUACGCAAGCGUAUGCAUUGUACAUAAAUGUAUGUAGGAAUACGCCCUCAUGUUUUUGUGUCCCUGUGUAUACACACGUUUAAAGAUAUGUAUACUGCACUGUACAUAUGUACAUACAUUUAAGCUCGCAUGUGUUUGGUCAUCUUUGUUGUUCAUGAUCUUGUAGAGAGUUCUUUUUUUUUUAUUUCUCUUUCAAGUUCAACUUUCUGUGCAACCAUCUCAGUGCAGUAUUGAGCACUUAAAUACACGUGAUCUUGCUCAUGUCAUUCAUUGUGCAAAAAAAUAAUAAAAAGGAAAAGGAAUUUAUCAAAUUUA